GUUGUGACAUCAUCAAUUUAUGUUUGUUCGACGCUUGCUUAACUGCUUACCAAGUCGAAUACAUUCGAACAUUCCAGUAUUAGUUUCAAACUGGAUCAUUCAGUAUCGUAUUUAAUAUUUUAGAAAUCAUUUUUGUCUUCUUUUCUAUUUUUAUAAUUUAAUUUCCUGCAACAAAUCCAAAAAAAACAUCAAGCAUGUCAUAUCCGGGCGGCUAUCCAACACAGGGCGGCGGUUAUCCAACACAAGGUGGCGGUUAUCCACAGCAUCCACAGCAAGGUGGUGGGUAUCCUCAACAAGGUGGCUACCCAGCACAACAAGGUGGUUAUCCUGGCUAUAAUCCAAAUCAACCCGGCCAGUAUGGUGGCUACGCUCCACCGCAAACACCAGGCACUCCAGGAGUAUCGCCAGAUGUUGAGCGCAUGUUUAAUGCCGUUGAUACUGAUCGGUCUGGUAAAAUAACCGCAAAGGAAUUACAAAAAGCCUUACAAAAUGGCAAAGGUCAAAAUUUUUCGGAUAGAUGUUGCCACCUUUUGGUUUCAAUGUUUGACACAUCAAAUGGUGGUGCGGUUGACAUUCAUCAAUUUAGUAAGAUGUUUGAAUACAUAAAUCAAUGGUUAAACAUUUUCAAGACAUACGAUCGCAAUGGCUCUGGAUUAAUUGAUGACCAAGAAUUAAAUCAAGCAUUUUCACAAAUGGGAUUCAAUUUUUCGCCCAAUUUUACGAAGCAGCUGACCAGUCGAAGCAACGAUCACAAAGAAGUAUCGGUAGAUGAAUUCAUUGUAUUAUGCAUUUCCAUUCAACGUUUAACUGAAGCGUUCCGCGUUCGGGACACUCAACAAAAUGGAGUCAUUAAUAUCGGAUUCGAAGAUUUUCUUAACGUCGUUCUAACUAGCACAAAUUAAAUAUACCAUACUUACUGAUUUGCCCAAAAAAAA